GGCGAUGUGCUCGCGCUAGACUCGUGUUUGUAUAGAGCGACUCGAAACUUUUAUGGGCCCCGAACGGCUCGAGCAUGAAAAGCGAGGACGUCACUUCUUCGCACGACAUGCAGAGCGUGAAGCCCGGAGCCGCGGUGCUGCCGUUUAGCGUGGAGGCGCUCAUGGCGGACCGGACACCAAGCCGGGGUGACAAAACUGGCGGGUCGCGCGCGCUUUGGUGCGAGGACGGAUCCUCCUUCUCCUUCUCUUACUCGGUUGUGCGCGAGGGAGACGGGUCAGUGGAGGAGAAGAGCCCUGAGCGCGCGGACCGGAGCUCGUGGACCGAGAGUUCCAUAUUCUCUCCUCCUCCUGCUUCAAGGCGCCUCAGUCCUCCCGCCUGUCCCCUGAGGAAACACAAGACCAACCGGAAACCUCGGACCCCGUUCACCACGUCACAGCUGCUGGCACUGGAGCGGAAGUUCCGGCAGAAGCAGUACCUGUCGAUCGCGGAACGCGCCGAGUUCUCCAGCUCUCUCAGCCUGACGGAGACGCAGGUAAAGAUCUGGUUCCAGAACCGGCGCGCGAAGGCCAAGAGGCUGCAGGAGGCCGAGCUCGAGAAGCUGAAGAUGGCCGCCAAGCCCAUGCUGCCUCCAGGCACUUUCGGGAUUUCCUUUCCGCUCGGGGCGCACGUGCCCGCGUCUUACGGUGGAGGAGGCGCGCACGCGUUUCAGAGACCUUCCGUGCCUGUUUCACCCCUCGGACUGUAUGCAGCUGCGCACAUGGGAUACAGCAUGUAUCACUUAGCAUGAGGCGCGUGUGAAAUUGUUCCUUUUUACCGAGGGAUUUAGAGGCACGAUAAAUCACACGGAAAACUGGCGAACAUAAACGCUUCCACUCAUGUGCCACCAGAACCGACAACUAAGUCGCCAGGUGUCAUUUUUAUUCACAUAAAUCAAUCACUGAGCGCGUGGCCAUAAAGCACCUACACACGCGCGCGCGACCGCUCGCGCACUAUUUGUAUGCAUUCAUUGCAAUGCGCUAUAGGAAGUACCUGAGCAGUUUCAACACGUUCUGUCAACAAUGCUACCCUUCGGAAGGGAUAGGGUGAACUGUAAAAUAUUGUACAUUAGGGGGAAAAGUUUUUAUAAUAUGAUUAUAUUUGUUGAAUAAAUUAACAAUAAAUUGUUUAUUC